AUGGAUUCUGUAAUAUGUAGCAUACUCCUCUUAUUGACCUGCACACUUAUACACGUUCUCUCACUACAUGCAAGAAAGAGAAAAAGUAACUACAAGCUUCCACCAGGACCUUCUCUUCUUGCCAUUGUAGGAAACCUUAUUGAACUUGGCAGAAAGCCACAACAAUCACUGGCCAAACUUGCUAUGAUACAUGGCCCAAUAAUGCGUUUGAAGCUAGGUCAAUUAACCACCAUAGUUAUCUCUUCAUCAGAUGUAGCCAAAGAAGUGCUCCAAACCCAUGAUUUGUUAUUCUCAAACCGAACGAUUCCUCAAGCUACAACAGUUCACAAUCACAACCAUUAUAGCUUGCCCUUCCUACCCAUUUCACCUCUUUGGAGAGACCUAAGGAAAAUAUGCAAUAAUCAAUUGUUUUCCCACAAGACCCUUGAUGCUAGCCAUGACCUUAGGUGCAAGAAACUACAAGAACUUUUAAAUGAUGUUCAUAGAAGCAGCCUAAUUGGUGAAGCAGUGGAUAUUGGCAGUGCUGCUUUUAGGACUUCGAUUAAUUUUUUAUCAAACACUUUUUUUUCUUUGGAUUUUGUUAACUCUGUAGGUGAAACUGCAGAGUACAAGGGUAUAAUUGAUAAUCUCGUGAGAGCAAUUGCAACACCGAACUUGGGGGAUUUUUUCCCUAUGUUGAAGAUAGUUGAUCCACAAGGCAUUAGAAGGCGCUCAACUACUUAUGUGUCCAAGUUGUUCGUUAUCUUUGAUCGCUUGAUUUCCAAACGGUUGGAGUUGAGAGAAGCUGGAAAAAGCUAUGUCACCAACAUUGACAUGUUAGAUACCUUGCUCAACAUUUCUCUUGAGAAUGGCCAAAAGAUGGACAACGAAAAGAUUAAACAUUUAUUCCUUGAUCUAAUAGUUGCGGGAACCGAUACAACAACAUACACAUUAGAAUGCGCAAUGGUUGAGCUAAUCAACAACCCAAAUGCAAUGUCAAAAGCCAAAAUAGAGCUUGCACAAACCAUUGGAAUAGGCAAUCCUAUGUCGGAAUCAGACAUUACAAGACUCCCAUACUUACAAGCAAUAGUAAAAGAGACCUUACGGCUACACCCAUCAGCCCCACUUUUGCUACCUCGAAAUGCCAAAACAGAUGUAGAAAUCAAUGGUUACAUCAUUCCAAAGGGUGCACAAGUCCUAAUUAAUGCAUGGGCGAUUGGAAGAAACCCAAGCAUAUGGGAUAAUCCCAAUUCAUUUUCACCAGAGAGGUUCUUAGGGUCAGAAAUUGAGGUCAAAGGUCGACAUUCUCAUUUCACACCAUUUGGCGGUGGACGAAGAAUAUGUCCUGGCUUACCGCUAGCUAUGAGGAUGUUGCAUUUAAUGUUGGGAUCAUUAAUCAACAUUUUUGAUUGGAAACUAGAAAAUGAUUUUAAGCUUGAAGAUAUGGAUGGUCAACCCCUUCGUGUUAUUCCAGUCAGAAUAAACAAAUAA